AUGCGAUGGAUGGACACUGUGCCGUUGACCGUAUUUGCCUGUUUGAUGACUAUCGUCAACUCAGCUCUGCAGUGCAACUAUGAACGAGCGGCGAAGUACUAUACAAUAGCUGUGCGACAUAUUCAGGACUACAAUGCAAGGUCCUCAAGAAAUCCAUGCGAAUAUGGGAUACUCCGAAGCGUUCAGCGGAUGCGAAUGGCUUUGAACGAGAUGAUGGCCUUGUGCAAUAUCAUGGCUUGUCAUCCAAGCAUGGCAAUGGAUAAUAUCCGUGACAUGGUGCAGUACAGUCAGCGACAUGGCGGGGUGUUAUUUGAGGAGUUCGGACCAGCUAUUCAGUCUCUGCUGGGCCAUUACUGCUCUUAUCUUCGUGAACCAGAAGCUGCAGAAAAACACUUUCUUGCUGCUACUAAAUUUAAAUCAUGCAAAGACAAGAACAUGUGGGUGAUGGCCCAUGUGAAUCUUGCCAUCACCUACCUUGCUCAGUGCAAGCACGCUGAGUUCUACGAAAUAGCUGACCAGUUAACACCGAACCGAAUAUCGAGUUGCUCAUUGAUCGUUCGUAACAACGCUCAGUUUCUGCAUGCCUUCCACGCCUAUCUUCUGAACAAAAUAGCGGAAUGCAGGACGUUAAUAGCGGAAUGUAUGGAAACGGCAAAAACAGAAGAUCUGUUCCGGCUUCAUGGCCUUUCAGUGUUACUGUUUUCGAUUUUCGUCCCGGUUAACGCUGAGGUAAUUCUACCAACGCUGGAUUGGAGUAAGAAAAGGUCAUGA